AUGGAAAAGGAAAGCAGUUCCCAUUGGGAAAUGGGGCUGCUGAAAACAUUCGAUUCCAGUGAAUUUGUUAGUUGGGAGAAGAUUGGUUCGGGUGGAUUUGGGCAGGUUUACAAAGUGCGACAUAUACACUGGAAAACAUGGCUAGCAAUCAAGUGCUCCCCAAGCCUUCAUGUGGAUGAAAAGGAGCGUAUAGAGCUAUUGGAAGAAGCCAAGAAGAUGGAAAUGGCAAAGUUUCGUUACAUUCUUCCUGUGUAUGGCAUCUGUAAAGAACCUGUUGGCUUGGUCAUGGAAUACAUGGAGACAGGAUCACUGGAAAAGCUCCUGGCCUCAGAACCGCUGCCAUGGGAGCUACGCUUCCGAAUUAUCCAUGAGACAGCUGUGGGUAUGAACUUCCUGCACUGCAUGUCCCCGCCACUACUCCAUCUGGACCUCAAGCCUGCCAACAUCCUGCUGGAUGCUCAUUACCAUGUGAAGAUUUCUGAUUUUGGAUUAGCAAAGUGCAAUGGACUUUCACAUUCCCAUGAUCUCAGCAUAGAUGGUCUGUGUGGUACUAUUGCAUAUCUGCCUCCAGAACGUAUAAAAGAGAAGAACAGAUACUUUGACACUAAACAUGAUGUGUACAGUUUUUCUAUAGUCAUUUGGGGAGUCCUCACACAGAAAAAGCCAUUUGCAGAGGAAAACAACAUUUUGCAUAUUAUGGUAAAAGUGGUUAAAGGCCACCGCCCAGAGCUACCUGCCAUAUCCAAAUCCAGACCUCGCUCGUGUAAUAACUUGAUCAAACUGAUGCAAAAGUGCUGGCAAGAUGAUCCUAGCAAACGGCCAACAUUUCAAGAAAUCACCUCAGAAACCGAGGACCUCUGUGAAAAACCAGAAGAUGAAACAAAGGAAAUGAUAGCUCAGGACCUGACCACCAAAAGAUGUCCGGAACCACAUUCAGAGGGAAUGCCUGUGUUAUCCCAGCCAAAACGUGAGUCCACUCCAGUAUCUGCUAAGGAUUAUAGCCUCUCUGAGUUGUUGUCCCAGCUGGAUUCAGGGAUCUCGCAGACGAUGGAAGGCCCUGAAGAACUCAGUCGUAGCUCUUCUGAGUCCAAACUUGCUUCCAGUGACAAGAGGCUUUCAGGGGUUUCGUCUGUGGAUUCAGCCUUUUCCUCUAGAGGUUCCCUGUCACUGUCCUUUGAGAGAGAGAACUCUGGAAGUGAUAUUGGCACAACAGAUAUUCAGAAGAGAAAACUGGCCGAGGCAAUUAUAUCUGGAGACACGAGCAAAUUGAUGAAGAUUCUCCAGCCCCAGGAUGUUGAUCUUGUCUUAGAUGGAAGCUCCAGCCUUUUACACUUGGCUGUUGAAGCAGGUCAAGAAGAAUGUGUCAAGUGGCUUCUUCUGUAUAAUGCCAACCCCAACCUGACCAACAAGAAAGGGUCCACUCCUCUCCAUGUGGCCAUAGAGAAGAAAAUGAAAAGCAUUGUGGAGCUUAUUCUGGCACGGAAAAUCAAUGUGAAUGCCAAAGACGAGGAUCAGUGGACUGCUCUUCAUUUUGCUGCACAGAAUGGGGAUGAGUUCAGUACCCGACUGCUGCUUGAUAAAAAUGCAUCACUGAAUGAAGUGGAUUUUGAAGGAAGAGCCCCCAUACACAUAGCCUGCCAGCAUGGACAAGAGCACAUAGUGCGGAUACUGUUGAGAAGAGGUGUCAAUGUGGAUAUCAAAGGCAAGGAUGGCUGGGUGCCACUGCACUAUGCUGCCUGGCAAGGUCAUCUCUCCAUUGUAAAGCUUCUGGCAAAACAGCCAGGUGUGAAUGUGAAUGCACAGAUAGUGGAUGGAAGGACCCCAUUGCACCUGGCAGCACAAAGAGGGCAUUACAGAGUUGCCCGCAUUCUUAUAGAACUACAGUCCGAUGUCAACGUACGGAACGUGCUUCUGCAAACGGCUCUCCACAUAGCUGCUGAAACUGGCCAUACCAGCACUUCGAGGCUGCUUCUCAAUCGUGGAGCAGAAAUAGAGGUAGCAACAGCGGAGGGAUGCACCGCACUUCAUUUAGCCUCUCGCAAUGGACAUCUAGCAACUACCAAACUGUUGCUAGAUGAAAUGGCUAAUGCUUUGGCUAGAGGCCCUUUGAACAGGACAGCGCUCCACCUUGCUGCUGAGAAUGGACAUGCCGAAGUAGUCGAGCAACUCGUCAAUUCGGAAAAUGUGAAUGAUUCUGAUGAGGAAGGGCUGACAGCUCUUCAUCUGGCAGCAAGAGGCGGGCAUGCAAAAACAGUUGAGAUUCUAUUAAAACAUGGGGCCCUGGAUGACUUGCAAAGCCUCAAGUUUCAGACUCCACUGCAGCUGGCUAAGCAAAGUGGGAAUAGCUCUGUUGUCAUGCUGCUAAGUGAGACUUAG